AUGGAUCAAUAUUUGGCUUCGCUGCUUGUCAGCUCCACUGCAACAAUCCUCUGCCAUUCCAACAGCCCCUUCAUUGCCCUCUUCAUCUUUCGAUACCUCCGCUUGAUCGUCCACAUUGUUUCGUUCUGGUGUUACAAGCACUCGCCGAUCCCAGCCAUCCGGACAAUCACUGAGCGCGACGUGACUGUCAUUAUCCCCACAGUUGAGCCGACAAACUACGAUUUCCAGGAAUGUCUCUCUUCGGUGCUCAUGAACGGCCCAGCGACGGUCCACAUCGUCACUGUUGGCUCGGAGCUUCACCGUCAGACGUGUGGGAUCGUUCGCCCCUUUGUCCCCAGAUACCCCAGCACUAACAUCAAAGUCUCGUGCACGAUGCAAGCUAACAAACGCAAACAGAUAGCCCAUGUGCUUCCGCACGUCCAGACUGCCCUGACGGUGCUCGUCGACGACCACGUCUUCUGGCCUUCGGGACAUUUCCUCUCGACGACGGUAGCCCCUUUUGAAAACCCGGCCGUCGGGGCCGUGGGUACUAACAAACGCGUCCGACGACACGACCUGCCUUUCGGGUUGGCCUCCUUCUUCAACGUGCUCGGCGCACUGUACCUCGAGCGACACAAUUUCGAGAUCCGCGCGACCAACGCCCUCGACGGCGGCGUGUUCGUCAUCUCCGGCCGCACGUGCGCUUACCGGACGCAGAUUUUGCAAUCGCCAGAAUUCCUCCGUGGGUACCUACACGAGACCUUCUUUUUCGGUCGGUUCGGGCCCCUCAACGCCGACGACGACAAUUACAUCACGCGCGCGGUCGUGAAGGCCGGGUGGAAGAUCAAGAUCCAGUACAACGCCGAAGCCAUGAUCGAGACCACGGUCGGCACGUACCCAAAAUUUCUCUCGCAGUGUCUUCGGUGGGCUCGCACCACCUGGCGCAGCAACCCGGCAAGCCUGCGAAGUUGGACCGUCUGGCGGACCCAGCCUUGGUGCGUGUACGCCGUAUACCUGACGAGCAUGGUCAAUUUCGCCCUGUUUUACGACGCCGCGCUGUUCUGGACGCUCUCUCGGAGUGACUUUGUCGUCGGAAGUGGAGGACGACACAACAAUGCGGCGUACGCGGUGCUGGGUGGGUGGAUCCUGGCCACCAAAAUGGUCAAGUUGGUCAGUUACUUUCUUCGACAUCCCUGGGACCUCGUUUACUUGCCGGGUACUUUGGGGUUCGCUUACUUCCACAGCUUGAUCAAAUUGUACGCUCUUUGUACGUUUUGGGUGACGGCUUGGGGUGGUCGAGACCUGGACAGCAUCGGUGUUGGACACGAUUCGACUCGUGAAACGCAAAGUCCGGUUGAAUUUAUGACCACCGCUACCGAGUCUCGCUCGGCUUCGGCCCUAGAAGAAGAGUACAGGGUUUCGUCGGCCAACGGCGUCGUCUCUUCUACUACCACUACUGACACCAAUCUCACCCGUCCCUACAGACGCGGUGGCACCUCCGCCUCCGGCAGACAAUCAAUCAUGACACCCUGGGGACGUGUCACCCCCGAGAGCGCACAUCUGCCUGCCAACGUCCAACUCGACACUCGUGCUCAAACGCGAACGAGACGACGACAAGCAGACCUAACGGACUGUCCAGAUAGAUCGAACCAGACUUUGGUGGUGGAGACCAGACUACGACAACAACAGCAGCCCGUCGCUCCUCGUCUCGAAGGUGUCGACGGUCCAGAUGAUGAGAUUUCGCCUCUGGACUUGGCCCCCGGACAGGAACAAGACUGGGUUCGAGGUCAAGGUCAACUACAGCUCGCCACACCCGCCCUCACACCACCACCACCGCCGCCGACAGGAGACGAACAACCAUGUCCAGUUUCUGGCCGCCCUUGCAGACGAGUCUGCUUCGACCCCUAUUCACGUGUGUGGGUUCGUGCGAAUUGUCAACGACUACAUUACAACGGUUUGUACAUCGGGGCCGGGGGAGGUUGUGACACGACAAGACAAGAACAGUGUCGAGUGUUGAAUACUCGGAGCCUGGAUGGAUUGGUCCUACAAAAUACAGACACAGGUGAGUGA